AAGUUUUCGCAACUUAUUCAAAACUUGUUUGACAAAUUUCGAAAAUCAUAUUAGAAUCUAGAUUAAUUUACCUUUUCAAUCGUCUUUUUAAUGUACAUCAAUUGUGUUCUAGAGACCAAAUGAAAGCGUUCAUAUAUCGUUUCUACUGAAUUAAUGGAAAACUUUUGAUAUAAUAUUAAAUCGAUUUAUUUUCUCAAAAUCUACUAUAAAAGAAGAAAAAAUAAGUCAUUAAUUUUAUAAUGGAUAAAAACAGCAAUAACCAACCAGAGCAGCAAGCACAUCAUUCAGUUUAUCAAAAGCUAGAUCAAGUAGAAACAAGGCGUCAACAAUUAAAAUUAAGCUUUCCUACGCAAGCUACAGAGAAGAAAAUUAUUCCUCCAAAACCUCAGCAACAGCAACUUCCAAUAUUAAAUUCAAGUCGCGAACGAUUCCGAGCUCAUGAAUCGGGAAAGCUGCAAUUUAGUUGUUCGGAAAUUUACGAUUUCACAUCUGACGAUCUUGUUGACUUAGGUGAAAUUGGACGAGGUGCAUUUGGGAGUGUUAACAAAAUGAUUUUUAAGAAAACUGACAAAGUGAUGGCUGUUAAGAGAAUCAGAUGUUCAAGUGUUGUUGAUGAAAAAGAGCAGAAAAGAAUAAUGGAUCUUGAUGUUGUCAUGAAAUCAAAUGAUUGUAGCUACAUUGUGCAGUUCUACGGUGCCAUUUUUAAAGAAGGCGAUUGUUGGAUUGCAAUGGAAAUUAUGUCAACGUCACUAGAUAAGUUUUACAAAUAUGUUUGUGAACGUCAGCAGGAACGUAUUCCAGAAAAUAUUUUGGGGCAAAUAACAGUUGCUACUGUACACGCCUUAAAUUAUCUUAAAGAAAAACUGAAAAUUAUUCAUAGAGAUGUGAAGCCGUCGAACAUUCUUCUUCAUGAGCGGGGAGAUAUAAAAUUAUGUGAUUUUGGUAUCAGCGGCCAAUUGAUUGAUUCAAUUGCAAAAACUAAAGACGCUGGAUGUAGGCCUUACAUGGCACCAGAACGAAUAGAUCCAGAAUUUUCUCAUAAAGGUUACGAUGUUCGAAGUGAUGUAUGGUCACUGGGGAUAACUUUAAUGGAAGUAGCAACAGGGAAGUUUCCUUAUCAAAGCAAAUGGGCUUCUGUGUUUGAGCAAUUAUAUCAGGUUGUUCAAGGUGAGGCGCCUCGAUUAACGCGUCAUUACAACGGAAUGGAUUUCUCUGAGGAUUUUUGUAAUUUUGUGAAUACUUGUUUAAUCAAAGAAGAAACAAAUCGUCCAAAAUACAAAACUCUGUUACAACAUCCGUUUAUAUUAUUGCAUGAGCAACUUCAACCAUAUGUCCAUCCAGAAGUCGCAUCUUAUGUUGUAAAUACAUUGGAAUCGAUGGCAAACUGUGGUAUUACACAAUUUACAACAGAUCAACCAGCAAUUUGGUAGAAAUUAAAAAUGUUCGUUUUCGUAUUUGAUCUAUAGGAUUUAGUUAAUUAAAUAUUAUGUUUCUUCAGCUUUCAAAUUUUAUUUUAGGAAAAUAGUUGUACUAAAUAUUACAACAAUGUGAAAUACUUAGGGGACUGGUUUUAUGCUUCAGAAACUCGUCUUGUUUUAACUUUGCUUAUAAUAUUUUAACUCUUUACUAAAACUUUUCGAUGUCUUUUUUUCAGUUUUAUCGUUAAUCAUCUUGCAUUUAGCUUACAUAAUAUUAUAAGUUUGAUCCGCAAGAAGAAACUUUCGUAAGAAAAGAUUAUUAAGUGAUCAAUAAACAGUGUUUUUCUCCCUACACAAACUAAAAUUUCUUAUUAAAUACAUGAUACCUAAUGCCAGUCUUCUCAAGUAGAUAUGAAAGCAAAAUACUUGAUACAAAACUUGUUUAAGAAAAUUAAAUGAUGGAAAUAAAAUACAUAAAUUUGGAAGAGAAUAACUAUGUAUUUAUGUACAUUACUUAGACAAUAACCAUACAAAACAUAAGAAGGAUGAGAUAAAAGCUCUAAAACAGUUUUCAAAUUUAUGUUCAUCGUCAUAAAUGAGCUUGACAACAAUUUUUAAAAUACAGAUAAUAUUAAUGUAUGUAAAAACGAUUCAAUUAAAUUAAGGGCAGUGAAAAUCAAUAAAUUUAAGUUUAAACAAAUGAAAA